AUGGAGAUGUUCGAAUACCUUCAUGUCCUCACCCUUCUCCUUUUCAUCAAUGUUCUCCAACCUACCACUGUCGUAAGUUCAUUCGGCAACGAAACCGAUCACUCGGCUUUGCUCAAAUUCAAAGAAUCCAUAGUCGCCGAUCCACACGGGGUCUUGAACUCCUGGAAUGACUCCGUUCACUUUUGCAAAUGGGGAGGAAUCACUUGUGGCAGACGGCAUCAGAGAGUAACAGGAUUAAACCUAUCAGACGCUGAUCUGAAUGGAACCAUAUCACCCUACAUAGGCAACCUUUCCUUUCUUAGGCUCAUCAGCCUUCCGAGGAACAAGUUCUCUGGCAUUAUUCCGCAACAAGUUGGUCAAUUGUUCCGACUACGACGUCUCGAUCUCGAUACCAACAUGUUAAAGGGGGGAAUUCCAGUCAACCUGACCUUCUGUCCAGAACUGAGUGUCAUAAAUAUCGCAGAAAACCGCCUUAAGGGCUAUAUUCCAUCAGAGAUUGGCUCAUUGACGAAGCUUGUGUAUCUUGAUCUAGCGAGAAACAAUCUGACAGGACGCGUCCCACCUUCCUUGGGAAAUCUUUCAUCACUCGAACAACUUGCCUUGGGAGAGAACAAUCUGGUUGGCACAGUUCCAGAGGAGCUGGGACAACUGAGAAACCUAUGGCGUAUUGGUAUUAGUUAUGGUAAUCUCUCUGGUAUGUUGCCUCCCUCCCUUUUUAACAUGUCAUCUAUGCAAGUCUUUUCAUUUACGGGUAAUAAGUUUGAGGGUAUUGUUCCACUUCCACCCAGUAUAGACCGAAACAUGCCUCAUCUCCACAAAAUGUUUCUCGGCAAAAAUGAAUUCUCUGGACAAAUCCCGGCUUCUUUUGGCAAUGCUUCUCAGCUUCGAGAGCUUGAUGUUUUGUCAAAUAAUUUCGUUGGGCAAGUUCCCACAAGUUUUAGAGUUUUAUCUAAUCUCCAGUGGCUCAGUUUAGGGGAGAAUAAUCUAGGAAGUAAUUCUUCUAAUGAUUUGGAAUGUAUAACAUUCCUCACAAAUUGCAGUAAUUUGAAAUUGCUUGGUCUGGACAGUAACAAUUUUGGAGGUGUUUUACCCAACUCUGUAGCCAAUUUUUCAACCAAUCUUACUCAACUCUACCUUGGGGGCAAUCAAAUAGUGGGAACGAUUCCUGAAACAUUAGGAAAUCUCAACAGUUUAAUAUUCUUUGGCCUUGAAGACAACUUGUUCACGGGUAUCAUUCCAUCUUCUUUUGGGAAGUUACAAAAUCUGCAAAUUUUAGCUUUACCUGCCAAUAGAUUAUCAGGUUGGAUCCCAUCUUCCUUAGGAAACCUCACCAAAUUGUUUGAACUCGAUAUAUUUGAAAAUGAAUUGGAAGGGAGCAUUCCACCAACUAUUGGAUAUUGCAAGAAUUUACAGAUUAUGGACAUUUCACAGAACAGACUUAGUGGAGAUAUACCACCAGAGAUUAUUGGCCUUUCCUCGCUCUUAUUUCUCGACUUAUCACAAAACUCACUAACUGGUAGCAUGCCUGUUGAAGUCAGUAAUUUGAAGAAUAUCUAUCACUUGGACAUCUCUGGAAACAAUCUGACGGGAGAAAUUACAGAAACCAUUGGGGAAUGUCAGAGCCUUGAAUUUCUUCACCUACAAGACAAUCUCAUUCAAGGUAGGAUACCUUAUCCUUUGACUUCUUUGAAAGGUCUUCAGUAUGUAGAUCUUUCGAAGAACAACUUGUCAAGCCAAAUUCCCAAAAAUCUUCAGAGACUUCCAUUUUUGAUAUAUUUGAACCUUUCGUUCAAUAAUUUGGAGGGCGAGGUACCGAAAGAAGGAGUUUUCCGAAACAUCAGUGCAAUAUCAUUGGAUGGAAAUACCAAACUAUGUGGUGGUGUUUCGGCAUUGCGGCUACCAGCUUGCCCCAUCAAUGUACUAAAGAAGAAGAAGUUCAAUGGUUUAAAACUAUAUUUCACCAUUUCUUUAGUCGUUGGAUGCUCUCUUCUGUUUGCAAUCAUCUCUGCACUUUAUUGGAGGAAGAAAACUCAAAAUACGAAGCAACUAUCUGCAGUACCAUCAAUCAAUUUCCUUUCCAGGGUUUCAUAUCAGACACUUCAUCAAGCUACUGGCGGAUUCUCUCUGAGCAAUCAAAUUGGAUCAGGCAGUGUUGGCUCUGUAUACAAAGGGAUUCUCGAUGAACAAGAAAACAGUGUAGUUGCCAUAAAGGUCCUCAACCUUCAACAGAAAGGAGCUUUCAAGAGCUUUGUGGCUGAAUGUAAUGCAUUGAGAAAUAUCAGGCACAAGAAUCUUGUGAAGAUCUUAACAUGUUGCUCCAGCACGGAUCACGAUGGCAAUGACUUCAAAGCUCUCGUAUUUGAGUAUAUGUCUAAUGGAAGUUUAGAGGAGUGGCUGCACAGUGAAAACCAAUCAAGGAGUUUGAACCUUCUUCAAAGACUGAAUAUUGCUGUUGAUGUGGCUUCUGCAUUGUGUUACCUUCAUGACCAUUGCGAACCGCAAAUUAUUCACCGUGACAUGAAGCCAAGCAAUGUUCUUCUAGAUGACGACAUGGUUGCUUGUGUAAGUGAUUUUGGGUUAGCAAGACUCAUCCCAGCAACCGCAGACUCCUCUGAGAAUCUAAGCAGCACAGUUGGGAUCAAUGGAACCAUCGGCUAUGCUGCUCCAGAGUAUGCUGUUGGUGUAGAGCCAUCAACACAAGGGGAUGUGUACAGUUAUGGGAUACUUGUGCUGCAAUUGUUCACCGGAAGAAGACCCACUGAUCAAAUAUUUGUAGACGGUGACAAUAUCCAUACUUUUGUUAAGACCGCCAUACAAGGGAGAAUUAUGCAAAUUGUGGAUCCUGCUCUUAUUGCCACUCGAGAAGAAGAGACUGCAACUUCAACAACAAACAAUGAAGGGACCAAGAUCGAUGAUCACAACAAUGAAAUCAUAGUAGAUGAAGAAAACGUUGACAGUGAGAGCUUAAGCAAGAUGAACACUUAUUUGUGGAAGUGCAUUCUUCCAACCCUUAAGAUUGGAGUUGCAUGCUCGGAAGAAUCACCAAGGAAUAGAAUGUCGAUGGAGGAGGUCCUCAGAGAGCUACACCGUAUCAAGAAUGCUUACAAUGCUAUCGACAUCCGUCAAGAGAGGCCAAGAAGAAGCUAA